GUUGGAUAUAUACAAAUGCAAAACAAUAAAAAAUUUUUACAUUUAUCAAUAUUUUAGUUUACAAGUAACAAGAGCUUUGUGUAUGAACAAGACCCUAAAAAGGGUUUUAUUGAUGAGAAUACCACAAGGAGAUCUUGUUUUGCAUUUCAAAUUACGUUUUACCUUUUGGCGGUAAGUUGGAAUUCCAUUGCAAAUAUUUAUAGGUACAUUGUUGGGGAUGGUGCGCGCUAACCGACGUAAGCCCAUUGAAGAGGUAUAUGGCACUAAAUUGGAGCCGAUGCAGCCGGCCCGACUGCAAGCCAUUCCGCAGCCGGGGAUGACUAAGACAGCCACAAUGCGUGUGAACUCCUCACGCCAAGGAGAUAGUCGCACUCAGCGCAGUUAUGUUACUGCCAAUGAUUAUUAUAUUACUACAAAUGUACCGUUGAAUGCCACCAAUAUGCGUGCGGCAUCCAGUGCCGUGAUGGGCCAUCCUGCAAAGCAGCCUCCGCUUCCUGUUCAGCUCCAGCCGGCGUCCACGCAGGUAACAAGCUAUGGAUCGAUAUCGAACCGACGAAACAAGGCUAGUUCACGGCAGCCGCUACCCGUCCAGCAGACGAAGGUGCAUUUUGUGCCCACAGAAGGCAAGGCCAAUUGCCACCCACAUCCACAGUUACACAAUCAUCCAUAUGCCAAGGCGAUGCCGCUGGAAUUGACUCAGCGCACGGUCUAUGGGCAGAAUUCUGAAAUCGAUCCCAAUGCAACGGAGCUUUCGGAAAAGGAUCAGAUGCACGGACGACGGUCACAUGGCCAUUCGCAUCAGAUACCGAGUCAGCAGCAUCCCCAACAUCCCCAACAUCCCCAACAUCCCCUACAGCAUCAGCUACAUCAGCAGCAGCACUUGCCGAGCAACAACAGUAUCCACACCAAUAUGCAGCAAAUCCAUCAACAUUCGCAUUCCAAUAUGAAACAUCAGCAGCAACAUCACCUACAAAUUCAGCAGCAACAAAUGUUUCAACAGCAACAGCAGCAGCAACAGCAGCAGCAGCUGCAUCAUCAGCGUGGUCCGCCACAUUUGCGUCAGCGUAACGGCAUGCAGAGGCCUGUUGUAACCGAGGAGGAGGAGGAGAAGGAUGAAGAUCCUGAGGAAUUCUUUGAGCUUAUACGCCAGACCGUGAGGAAGGCAGUUGGAACUACUAUUUCAGAGGUGAUAUCGCGGAAUUUCCGCGACUUGGCUAGCAAAAUGGAACGCUUUUCGAAUGAAUUAAAGAUGACCAAUGACAACUUGGGGAAACUACAAGCAGAGGUUACCAACAAGGUAAUGCACUAUGGAGAAGAGAAUACCCGUCACUUUCGGUAUCUAUGCAUGAAAUCUGAAUAUGAUAAGAUGUUUUACCAACAGCAGUCACUGACUGCCGGCAAGCAGAUGUCUGCAAAAGUGGCCCCAGCUCCAGCAUUGCCCAAUCCAAAGCCUACAACGAUGACGACCACAAGAGUCUCCAAGCAGGCAGCUGCCUUCAAUAUGAAGUCCGGCAAGCAGUUGACGGGCAGAAAAAUGGGUUACGCCAACUUGAAGAAAGCACCAAACGAAUGCGUCAAAGAGCAGAAUCCUUGUGCAUGUCACAGCACUUCGAAGUCAUCACACCAGCAGCCGACGGAAGACCACCAAUCGUCAUCGGAUCAGAGCGUCAAUGUUAAGUCCUCGGAGCUGGGUGUUCGCGAAGUGUUGGGGCAAAUACAACGCUUUUGCACACAGAUGCAGCUUAGUGAUAUGAAAGAAGAGCAGCCGAAGUACAACUCGAAGACUGGCCUCUGUAACAUGGAGCUAAGUGAGAAGCUAAGCUCCGGCUCCAAUAGCUUGGCAGUCGAUAAGGCAUGCAGCAACGCCAAGACAAAGACACUUAUGCCAAUUAGUGCUCCUCCAGCUGAUGCUAUCGACAUGGAGGCGGAGACACCAGUUGAUAGUAUGGACGAGAUUGAGAUUGACAAUUUUCAGUACAGCUCCGAUGAGAUGUCUUCGUACAGUGAUGACGACAGCGAGGUGAAAUUUUCAGGCAGCACCACAGCCCGUGCUCCGCUGCAAUCAUCCAGGCUUAAACUCCCAGUCCAACACUCAAACAAAGGUGCCGGCGAUGGUCAAUAAUCCAAAGACUGAACGAAUGCCAAAAGACGAGCAAAACAAAACCAUCCAACUGAAUUUUCCUGAGAACAUCUUGCGUUGUGGUUAACUUUUAUUUGGAUCGCGCAAAAUUUUAAAUGUCAAGUGCUAAGCGGGGGGCAGGCGCCUGGGUCCACAAAAAAACGAUUUGGAUAUAUUUUACUGAAAGAAAUUUGUUCAAUGCGUGACUUUGUUUUAUUGCCUCAGGAAAAUAUAUGACAAUAAAAGGUUACUGUGCAUACAAUAUUACAAUGAUACAAAACAAAAAAAAAA